AUUAAUAACUGGCUGGAUUCGUGCUGAAAAUGCAUUUUAACGUGAACUCAUUUUCGUAAUGAAAGACUUCCGCUUGGGUAUAAAAUAAAUUGAUAGAUGUUUAAUUUGUCGCAUUAAAUUUAUCAUAAUCGUAUUAAUCUUCGGUCGCCAAAUUGAUCAGUUACGUUUAAAAUAAAUUUCUACGUAGAUAUAUAUAAUUCGUUUUUUGUGUUUUCACAUUUUUUGAAAUGGUAGCUCCAGGCGUGGGAAAAUUUUUCUUGAAUGCGAUUUUAUCAGCAUUAUUAUCUUCAUUUGGUAACAAUUUGAACCACGAUUUAAGCAGUACGGCGGAAACAUGGCUGGUUUGCAGAAAUUCAUUCCAAUUCAAUGCGACUUAUUGCGACAACUUUGAUCACAAAAUGAACCAUGGAUUGUCCAAGUUAUCGGAAAAUAUUGACCAAAUGCAAGGACGAAUUGGUGAACUUGAACGUGAAGUGGAUCUCGCCAGGAGCCUCAAAAGAAUUGGAGGGUUCAAUCCCCCUGAUCCUGCCGAGGUGCAAAAAGAAAUUGAUCAACUUAAACAAGAAAUCAUAGAUUUGCAAACGAAAUUGAAUGAUAUCGACAAAAGUGCGGAUAUUGCGACCCUUGAUGCACAAAUGGCGGCAAUCAAGCAAUCCAUCUCAGAUCUCACGCAACGAUUGGAUACUUUGUGGAAAGAAGGCCAAGAUCAAUUUAAAGCCCAAAUUCAAACCCUGACCGACGCCUUGAACAACGUUGUAGCAUCAAUUGCUUCCAUCAACUUGGAAAUAGCUCAAAUCGAACAGGACCUCGAGGAGUACAAGAUCGUAAAUAUUGUAGCCGAUAUUGUAAAUUGGCCCGACGAGGGGACCGCGUAUCGAUAUGAAAUGGGCUCUUUUAAAGCUGAUAAGGCUACCGUCAUGUCCACAAUCAUUUCGCUAGCGUAUGUUGACGUAGUGGACAAGGGAGACGCAUACUUCGUCAAGAUAUUGAGAUUCUUGAGCCUCCUGCAGGACGUAAAUAAACUUGUUGGCGCUCAAGCCUUGUACUUCACCAUCUUAACAAAUAAUCACUACUACGAUAAACCACACCCCAUCCUUUGUGUGAACAUGCUAAGCCAACUUCUACAAUCCGACCAAUCCGAUGUCGUUGCGGCAGCAUCAAAAUUCCUGAAAACCUUUGUUCCUCCCAUUCUUUACGGCUUGGUGGUGGAACGGGCUCCCAACAAUGGACAAGAAUGCAUUGAGAGUUGCCAGAUCGUACAACAAGGUGGACAAGACGGCCAAUACGAAUUUUCACCCCCAGAACACAGCUUCGACCUGGACUAUGACUUUGGAAAUAAUGAGUUCAAUGAGACGGCCGUCCUUCCCAAGCGAUGCGCCCCUGCGUCUGGGGGACUUAAAUAUGUGGGUAGCACUAAGGCAAAUCUGCUGCGAGGAUGCUUUGGUAUUCAAAGAGGAAGCAAACUUGCCUUUGAAUGGCUGAUGGUUCAAUUCCAUAAUGACUGGGAUACUGAACAACUGCCGAGUAAUGACUGUUACACGAUCCAGUCCCCGCAAGUGUUAGAAGAUGGAGACAACUGGUCCCUGUUUGGUAAAACGGUACUUUGUAGGACACCUUAAAAAUCGAGGCACCUUAAUAAAAAAGCUUGAAUGUAGCUACAUAAUUGUUUAUAUCGACACAGUUUACUUUAUUUAUCGUAGAUUGAAUAAUGUAUUUUACAUAAUAAUGCGAUGAUUUAUUUUACUGAACGGAUCCGCUCUUACCGUAUGCAUUCACCAUUUGAUAUUUAUCUACAUAAUACAAGUUUAGAUGCUCUUAUAAUAAUAUGUAUGUAUGUACAGUGUAAAAAUGUUACUAAUUAUAGCUGCGUUAAAAUUACGUUCCACCAUUUCAGAACCAAUGAAGUGCUUCAAUGGAACCUUUCGUUAGGCUACACCGGAACUGUUUAGCGAGUUGUCAAAAAUCGAACCAAAAAUUAGGAACCACACCACGCUUAACGUCCUUACUGCUUAUCGUAUCGUCUUAGUUUAUAAAUUUAUUAAUUCAUCCCAGAGAAAUCUAAAGUAGCGAAAUUCUAUAAAAUUAUGAGCAGACUAUGUACUUGAUUACUUGUACUAUCUACAUAUAUAUGUAGAUAAAUACAUAUUCUUUGUCCUUGGGUGGGUUGGAGUAGUUUCAUUACGGUUUUCUUUAGACAAUAAACCUUACAAAUUUGAAACCCCG